AUGCCUCUUUUUGGCAAAUCACAGAAAAGCCCCCAGGAGCUGGUGAAGGCCCUGAAGGAGGCGGUCAACUCGCUGGAACGGGGCGACAAAAAAGCGGAAAAAGCGCAGGAGGAUGUCAGCAAAAACUUGGUUCUCAUCAAAAAUAUGCUUUACGGCACGUCAGAUGCUGAGCCACAGACCGAGAUUGUCGUCUCGCAACUUGCACAGGAACUGUACAACAGUAAUUUACUCCUGCUGCUGAUACAGAACUUGAGCCGUAUCGACUUUGAGGGCAAAAAGGACGUUGCACAGGUGUUUAACAACGUGCUCAGACGACAAAUCGGGACCCGAUCGCCGACGGUGGAGUACAUCUGCACGAAGCCGGAGAUCCUGUUCACACUGAUGGCCGGCUACGAACACCAGGAGAUUGCGCUGAACUGUGGCACGAUGCUGCGCGAGUGCGCCCGCUACGAGGCCCUGGCCAAGAUCAUGCUCCACUCGGACGAGUUCUUUAACUUUUUCCGCUACGUCGAAGUGUCCACCUUUGACAUCGCCUCCGAUGCCUUCUCCACGUUCAAAGAGCUGCUGACCCGGCACAAACUGCUGUGCGCCGAAUUCCUCGAGCAGAACUACGACAAAGUGUUCAGCCACUACCAGCACCUGCUCAACUCGGAGAACUACGUCACGCGGAGGCAGAGCCUGAAGCUGCUCGGCGAGCUGCUGCUCGAUCGGCACAACUUUACGGUUAUGACGAAAUAUAUUUCUAACCCGGAUAACCUGAAGCUGAUGAUGAACAUGCUGAAGGAGAAAUCACGAAAUAUUCAAUUUGAGGCCUUCCACGUAUUCAAGGUAUUUGUAGCGAAUCCGAACAAACCGAAACCAAUUCUCGACAUCCUGCUGCGGAACCAGGACAAGCUGGUGGACUUCCUGACCCGGUUUCACACGGACCGGUCCGAGGACGAGCAGUUCAACGACGAAAAGGCGUACCUUAUCAAGCAGAUAAAGGAGCUCAAACCGGCCCCCGAUCAAUAGUAAUAAUCGACACUGCUGGGUAGUCGUGUGCGCGUGCAUGGUCUCAUGGUAGAGGUGGUCUCUUCUCUUUUACUCUCCCCCUUGUUUGCAUCCCCCGUUGAAUCGAAAUACACAAUAGCAGAAAGAAAAAAAAAACACUUCUAUUUUCCCCUCCUUUCCAAAAACAAAAAACUGCAGCAAACAUCCCGCUACAUUAUUCUCCCUCCCCCCACGCACUAGUAUUUUGUAAAGGCGCGAGAUAAAGCAAAAAGAAAAACACACACACAUAUAAUUAAAAUAAAUUUAAUUUAGAUUAACUAUUAUAAAUUUCACCGCAGAGGAAAGGUUACAAAAUAAUGUUUCAAAGUUGAAACCCACUUACAUUACACACAUAUUCCGAUGAUGUUGCAGCAACCAUCGAAGGAGGACGUUAAAUAGUCGUUCUAAAAAUAAGAGCCGAACCUUGUAAACACCGCAACACACUGGUUCAAGCGUUGAAAUCUCUUUUUGCGUUGCUUUGGGAAAGUAAAGAUUGGUCUCACCUAAUUUAGAAUUUCUUUAUUUUUCAAAUUACAAAGAAGUUGAACAGUUGUUCCUAGUACCAAGUAAAGCAGAACAUUGUUUUACAAUGGUUUCUGCAUCCACAGACAUAACACGGCGCUGAAAUUUUAGCCCAGGGGGGUCCUUUUUAGUUUGCAAAAAAGCUUCCCGUAAUGGAAUAUCUCCUUAACUUUUUUACGCAAAAAUUAAAUGUGUUACCCAACCUAAACCGCAGGUUGAAAUACUUCCAAAAAAUAAUCAAGAAAUCUAUUUUCUUGAGUGAGUUUUACGCAGAUGAAGAGGAAACAGAAAACAACUUGACAGUUCGUGUGUUUUCGCUACACAGAAAAAAAAUGAUGUUAAUAUUCAUCAGGAAAUGAUGACAGAUUUUGUGUUAAAAAAAUAUUUUUUUAUUGCAUAAGGAAUUGGCGAAUUUCAAUCAGUUUCUUAUAAUUUAUUAAAAUAAUUUUCUAAGUAAUAUUACCCAAAGAAGAAGUAAUAUUCAAACCUUCCAAAAUUCACCCUUUUUUCAGUUUAGUGGUGUUUUUUGUCGACAUUUUCAAUCUGUCAAAGCUUUUGACAAGGCAGUUGGUCAAGCGUAAACAAAUCACAACAGCGUUGCGGGCUACUUAGCGACACAUCAGAGAAACGUCAUGAUUCAAGUUUUCUUGAGAAGAUAGAAACAGUGUUUCAAUUUUCGAACCGAUUUCUUCCCAUCUGCGAAUUUUCAAAAGAAAAAAAAGGUAAACAAAAACAACAAUUUUCCGUUACCAAUUUUCGUGGAUUUUUCGACCCGAUUUCACCCGAUCCUAAAAGAAAAUGCAACUUCUACCACUAGAGCUAUGAGUUAUCCGAUGAUUUUGUGUUUAAAUCACAAAUAAUUUCAAAAAUAAAAUUUAAAUUCUGCUUUUCAAAGGCUACUACCAUUUAUGUCGACAUAAAUAAUUUGAAAGAGGAUCGAAUUAUUUUGACAACCAACCGAGAACUUUGAGGAAAAAUAAAAUCUAAGAUGCCUGGAUUUCUGCAAAAUAUUUGAUAAGAAUAUUAAGAUAUUUUCAAUAAAUAAUGAUUAAAUCAAUAUCAAUUUUGAGCAAAUUUGGACAUGGAUUUGUUGUUUACCUUUGAAUUCAUUUUUUUUGCAAGCAGUAACAUAACCAAACUUUUCGGCACCCGUCAAAUCAGUACAAAUUGCUGCCGGAUCUCUUUCCGGAUCUCUUCCGGAAAAGAUUCGGCAUCAAUUUUGUAUGGUUUUACGUUUACGGGAAGAGUCGAAAAGUGAAAAAAAAUCAUUUCAAGGAGGAAGAAAUUCUUAAAUUGUAAACCAAAUGAAAUUUUCUGCAAAAUAUUUGAUUGGAAUAUUACGAUAUUUUCAAUGAAUAAUUCACUAAUCAAUGUCAAUGAUUGCGACCGUUUUAAGCAAAUUUUUACAAAAAUUAAAAUUUAGCCUGAUUUUUUUGUAUUCUAUUAUUUUACUUUUGUAUGUAUGAAUCAGAACAAAACGGACUAGAAUGGCAAACAGGAAAAUGCGAAGAAACUUAUUUGAUAUUCAAUUUAGAAAUGUAAGUUAUACCGUUUGGUAAAAUUUUGUUUUUUCAAACACACUCUUUAAUGCUUUAAUAAAACCUGUAAUAAAUGAUAUAAAAAUAAAAAUGCGAAAAUUUAUGUUUGUAAACAAACGAGUCAAAUUUAUUCGGAAUCAAACUUCUUUGGUCGCGAAAACCCAGCAUCAAAACGGUAGCGCCAUCAGCACCACCUAGCGGCUCAUUGCUGAACUACGCAAACAACUGUCAUGCGGCAGUAAUUUCGCUCUUGCGAAAGGGGCCGAAAGUUUGUAAAUGUGUUUUUUUUUUUGUUCAAAAAACUGACGGAGUGCAACAACAUUACUUGGACUUCGUGGUAGAUUUAUCUAUAUUCUCGGAAAGAAAUUCGAAAAAGGGGGUUUCUCCGCUUGAUCCAAAUAAAAAAGAAUCACAUCAGAACCAGAGUAUAAUAUAUUUAUUGAGCGAUACACACAAAAGCAUGGCAAUCGGCAGUUUUUAAAACAGUGAAAAACGCUUGCAAGUUUAUUCUGUAAAAAAAAAAAAAAAUAGACAAGCAAAGUCAGCCGCAUUGUUGUGGUAGAAAAAAAGGGGAUUCUUAUAGAAUGAAGUGCGUAGAAAAAAUAACACACAAAUUUGCUACAUCUUUUCUGUUUUCUUUCAAAGAAACCUUUCUUUGUUGUUGUUUGUGGCGAGUUUGGCACAGACUCAGGUAUCGAAGAGGAUAUAAAAACGAAGCAUAUUAUUGUCUUUCUUUUUAGUGUUAUUGCUAUGCAUAUUUUUUUUAAGUUUGGUCCUAAAUUGUGUCUUGUUUCUUUUUUUUUUACUGAGUUUUGAGUCAUUUUUUGCAAGUAACGUCCACUUCGUUAGAAAAAAAACCACCUUCAUACCUCAUUAGUUUCCGGAGAUAAACAAAAUGUACUUUUUUCCUUAAAAUAACAAGAAAAAAGCAACAUUAAAAAACCAUCACAGCCCUGAGCAAUUAGAUUGUAAAGAAGAUGUAAAAACAAAUGUGGGCUCUUCUCUGAUCUGAUGCGCGUACUUUUGGUAUUCACAAGCAAACAAAAAAAAACAUAAGAAGAAAUAAAAACUCACUCACACAAGCAGUCAGUGUUAAUCCUUGCGAACCUUGUUGCCGGAAAAUGUCAGUUAUAGAUAAUAGCGAGAUAAAAAAAAAACAACAGCAAGAAGAAGUUAUAUCUUAAGUCAUCGAUUAAGGUAAUAAAACAAGUAAAUAAAACUGUUCCUAAAACAACAAGAAAAUAUCUUCUUGAGUAGCUACACACACACACACAAACCACACCAGAACCCACACAAACACAUACCAACACACUCUGUAACGUAGUGGAAAGAAGAAAGAAGACAACAGAUACUGAUGGUUGGCCAAAAAAUCAGCCGUUGCGCGAAAUGCAAUAUCGAGACCGAUUGUUUUAAGUAGAAAAGACACGGGAAUAAAAAAGUUAAUUAAAAAAAAAAACGUUUAAGUGUGUUAAUUAGCAAAGAGGGGAAAUUCAGGAUUGAAAGAUGUUCGGAAAACUUCUUUUACCUUUUUUGUUCCACACUGUUACAGCCUAGGCGCGCAGAGUCAUCCUAUCGUGCGUAUUAGUUUUAUAACCACCGUUUCCAGCCGAAAAACAAAACAAGAAAUAAAAAUGUGUAUUCCGGCUCAUAGUGCGUAGACUACGAAACCACGUUCACAAUCCAGCUAGCAAAGUUUAGUGACUGAUCCCGAAACUUAGAAAUCCACACAAAACUCAAUAUUAAAAAUAAAUACAAAAAAAACGAUAGCGAAAUAUUUGUUGUAAUUUUUUGUGUACAAUAGAAACGAAAAACAAGCAAACAAAACAAACAUCAGCCAGCCAGCCAGUUAUAGCCACAGCAUGCAAACAUAAUAUAAAUAUUAUUAGUAUGGAACUGAAAAAAAAAUUGUUUUAAAACCGGCCAAGCGAGAAAAUAGUAAAACAAAAUUGGAACGAACUGGGUAACGAAAAAUAAAAAGAGCAAAACGAGCCUCAAAGCUAAA